AUGGCUCGCCGACCUGCGACUGCGAGGAGUCCCCGUCAACUUCAACCACGCAUGCUGGGUUUGAAUCUCGUUUCAAGUGGCAGCAAGACCGGCUCAUCGCACAUCCUUUCAGUAAAUAUUCUGCUAAUAGUUUCGAACCUUCGUGAACUUCGCCGUCACCCCGUCCAAUCGGUUCACGAAAGAGAGUUCAUCCGUACGCCCAUCGGCAGCAUCACUUCUAGACAGAAGAUGGGAAGGCGAUCUGUUGUCUUUCAGUGGAUUGGUACAGUUGGAAUGUGA